UUGGCCCAAGAGGAGGGGAGGGGCAGCUAGGGCUCAGUGAAGGAGAGUGAGAGGACAGUGGUGUCCCAGCUUCUCUCACCGCAAUGGCUCUGCCUCUGAGGUCCCUGAGUCGGGGCUUGGCCAGUGCCGCCAAGGGAGACCACGGCGGGGCAGGAGGCGGCACCUGGCGCCUCCUGACCUUCGUGCUGGCACUCCCGGGCGUGGCCGUCUGCACCCUCAACUGCUGGCUCCACGCCGGCCACCACGAGCGCCCCCAGUUCAUCCCUUACCACCAUCUGCGCAUCCGCACGAAGCCCUACUCUUGGGGGGACGGCAACCACACUCUUUUCCACAAUCCGCACGUCAAUCCUCUGCCCACCGGCUACGAGCGGCACUGAGACCCCGCGGGGGCCCCAGGCCCAAUAAAGGCCCGGAAGUCGGAAGUCGCGUGUGUCC